UAACAAGUUUAAAUCAGUUUUAAAACUGCACUUUUAGUUAGACUAGAACAAUUUUAUUUUAAAAAGUUGAAAAUCGACACUAAAUGUGCGACGAGGUCCUUGAUCUGUGAUCGUGUCUUUCUGAUUUGAGCUCUUCUUCACGUCUCUCUCACUCCUCCUCUUCCUCUGACUCCCGUCUGCUCCUCGGACCAUGGCGCUGCACGCGCAACAUCUCACUGCAUACGUGGCGCGUUAUUAUCUUAUUUUAGCUCUAAUAAACAUAACCGUGGGUGCGUCGCUUAGCGGCAGCUCUAAUGUUUUGUCGCUUUUGCAGCCCUAUGAUUUUCUGUAUUACAGCGGGGUUCGGGCGUAUUAUGGAGGGGAGUGGGCAAAGGCUGCAGAGCUGCUGGAGAAGUCCAUCACCACCAAAGAGACGCUGCUGAAGGUCCGCAGACAGUGUUAUGAUGACUGUGCAGCAUCUGGGACUGCAGCUCUCAGUAAACUAGACUCUGAGGAGGGGAACACCUGGGACCAGUGGGCUUUGGACUGGAUUCAGCAAAGGGCUGAGUGUUUGAGGUUCUGUAUCGGACAAUCUGUCAGUCCUACGGGACAGCUCCCUGUUUCUACAGACAUAGAAUACGAGUUUGACACUCGCAACCCCUACAACUUCCUCCAGGUCACCUACUACAAGUUAGAAAAGGUAAAAAAGGCAGCAUCAGCGGCUCAUACCUACUUUGUGGCUAACCCGAGUCACCUGGAGAUGAGAAACAACAUUGAGAAGUACAGACGGAUGGAAGGAGUGAGCGAGGAGGACUUCCAGGACAGAGAGAUAGAAAAGGAGAAACAUUGGGUCUUGUACGAUGCAGCUGUCCAUCACGAGGCCUCCUCUGAUUGGUUGAGAGCAGCAGAGAAAUGGAAAGCUUGCGUGAACCAAACACUGCUGCAGACAGACGAGUGCCGGUUGCAGUGUGAGGUCGCCGCCCAGCGGCUACCUGUGGACAGGGGGGUCGACAGUGUUGACGGUGUCUUUGAAAAGGCUGCAGCUCUCUCUUUGUCCCUGCUCUCGUGUCGGCAGUUCUGUGUGACAGAGGUCGCCACGCGACCUGGAAGGAUUUCUGCUCAGGAGGACUUCCUGCCAACACAGCUGGAGCAUCUGCACAUAGCACAGUUUAAAGCGGGUGAUUUUACUGGAGCAGUGCAGACGCUGCGCUCCUUUCUCCUGUUUUACCCCUCUGACAAGGACUCCUUAGACAACCUGCAGCUCUACCUAGAGACACUAGGGGGCGACAAAGACUCACACGACACUCAGCCUGCUCAGGAGAUUGUCAGAUACAUCAGUGAGUCGUUGGAGGAGAAGAAGCUUCUUUACUUUGGAGUGGAGAACCUUGACUUCAGCUUCACCGACCCUGAUCUCUGGACUCCAGAAGAUGUUGUACCAGAAUCGAUAAGGGACGCCUGGAGAGCUGAAAAAGAGAAAUUAAGUGAGAAAAUAGAAGAUGGGAAUCAGCUGGAGGAAGUGGAUGACAGUGGGUUUUUUGCAGGAGGUGCAGUUCCUCAGGUGGGGGUCACCCUAACCAUGGAUGACGAGGCUCUGAAUGGGACCAAUCGAGUUGUUCUGGAUGGAGUCAUGACGGAGGCGGAGUGUGGCAGCAUACUGCAGUUAGCAUCUGUUGCUGCGUCGGUUGGAGACGGUUACCGAGGGCGACGAUCUCCGCACACGCCUCAUGAGACGUUUGAAGGUCUGACUGUCCUCAGGGCUGUCAAGCUGUCUCAGGAGGGUCUGGUCAACCAGUCGGAUGCCAGGUUGCUUCAUGAACUGGGUGAAAGAGUGAAAACACUGCUGCACUCCUACUUCAGGAGCCCUUCAGGGCUUUUCAUCUCUUUCACACACCUGGUUUGUCGCAGUGCUGUCACAGGAGACCAGGAGGGCAGACUGGACCUGUCUCACCCAGUUCAUGUUGACAACUGUCUUCUUGAGCCUGAGACCAAACAGUGUUGGAGGGAACCGCCUGCGUUUACACACAGAGAUCUCAGUGCCAUUCUCUACCUGAAUGACAACUUUGAUGGGGGAGAGGCCUUCUUCACUAAAAGAGAUGCCAAGACAGUAACAGCUCAAGUUAAGCCCAGCUGUGGUCGUCUACUGGGCUUUUCGUCAGGUCCAGUAAAUCCUCACGGUGUUAGAGCCGUCACCAGAGGACGGCGGUGCGCUCUGGCCCUGUGGUUCACUAAAGAGAAGAUCUACAGGGACAUGGAGCGAGAAGAGGCAGAGGCCCUGUGGGCAGCAAAUGGACAGGAAGUGUUGAAAAAGGACGAAGAGGAGACGGAUGGCAGCGCCGCUGCCAGCCGUAACGCUCGGAGCCAUGCGCCUAAAGAAAAGAGAGGAAGAGGCAGGGUGACGGAAGGAAAAGAUGAACUGUGAGAGCCAGAAAUAGCCUGAAUGAAUUCUUCAGGAACGUCAUUCAUCGUUGUACAACACUUUGCAGUUUCUCCUCAAACACUCUUUACAUGGACAUUUUUUGCAGGUUAUAACGCGUUUUAUGUGCGAGCGCUUUAUUUAAGUGAUGAGUAAUGGUUUUAUCUUCAUAAUGUCAGUCUGUAGUUUUUGUUCCCGUGUCAACGACUUUAAAAAUAAAAAACAGUGUCAAACGUAUUAAA